AAGUCAUCGGAUGACGCUUAACGGGAAUGGAUCGUCAUUUUGGACACGUGGCGUUAGAGAAGCGAAUAGUGGUCGGUGGUGGUCAGUUCGGGCAGCUCGGUUAAUUGCCCGUUGGAGUUUUGGCUUUUAACGUUGAGACUAAUCUCACGAGAAAAUGGAGGAGACAAAAUUAAACUAACAACCGGAAUUUCUGCAUCGACGGAGAUAAUGACCGUCGGCGGCAAUAAAAAUCGUCCGGAAGAUGAAGCAAUCGGAGGAUUUCAAUGACGGAGUACUGCCGGAGAAUGCUGAACGACGAUGAGUACGAUUCGCCGGAGAAGUGCCGAGAGCGUAGGCGCCGGAGAAUUGAGAUGAGGCGAGUGGCUGCGCUGUCGGCGGAGCAGGAAACGAAGCGGCUCCGCGCGGAGGAGGCGAGCACUUCAUCAUCCGCGCCCGAUGAGGUGGCUGAACAGUUGGAAGCGGCAAGGGAGCCGGUUUUCGGUAUAAUGUCUGUGGCGGGGCGGUCGCGCUACAUGGAGGACGCCGUGUCUGUAUGGACUUCGCUAUGUUUGCCUGAGAUUUGCCGGCGCCGUCCGGUUCACUUCUUCGCCGUGUAUGAUGGUCAUGGAGGCCCUCACGUGGCGGAGCUUUGUAGGGAGAGGAUGCACGUGAUCGUGGAGGAGGAAUUGGUGCGAUUGAGUUGCACGCGCGGGGUGGAUGCGAGCGGGGAAGUGAGCGGGGGUUCGAAGGAGGAAGAUGAGGAUGUGGUGGAAGAGGAAGAAGGGCUGUGGAGGAGGGCCAUGGAGAGGAGCUUCCAGAGGAUGGACGAGGCCGCGAUGAACACGUGCGCGUGUGGGAGCGCGGGUUACCAGUGCGGCUGCCAGCCCAUGGAGGUGGCGCUCGGUGGCUCCACCGCCGUGGUGGUGGUUCUCACGCCCGAUCACAUUGUGGUCGCCAACUGCGGUGACUCACGCGCCGUCCUCAGUCGCAGUGGCCGAGCUGUUCCUCUUUCCCACGAUCACAAGCCAGAUAGAUCAGAUGAACUUGAAAGGAUUGAAGCUGCUGGAGGACGGGUUAUUUUUUUGAACGGAGCUCGGGUCGAAGGCAUUCUCGCAAUGUCUAGAGCUAUAGGGGACAAGUAUCUAAAACCAAUUGUUAUAUCCGAUCCAGAGAUAACGUUCAGUAAAAGAGAACCGGAGGAUGAGUGCUUGAUUAUUGCGAGUGAUGGCUUGUGGGAUGUUCUGUCAAGUGAGUUAGCCUGCGACGUAGCAAGGGAGUGUCUUGGAGAAGGAAGUACUUCUGCCACUUCUGCUAUAGAUCCCAGUACUAUUGGUGGGCCCCCUCAGGUGGAAGAGGAAAGAUCUGGUGCAUUGUAUCCAUCUCGCAGUACCCUGGCAGCUGCGCUGCUCACUCGCCUUGCUUUGGGAAGGAAGAGCUCUGAUAAUGUCAGCGUUAUCGUUGUUGAUUUGAAGCGGAGCUGACUAGCUAUGUGGAUAUGAUAGUGUAGCUCAUGAAGGUAAAACUCAAUGUUGAUAGCUCUUCUGUAAAGUUCUGUACAUGUCGCACGGCCAAAACAAGGCAAACACCCCAAAGGAAAGAAAAAGAUGGACAAAGAAUAUUUCAAGAAAGCACAUAUCGGUAGGCAUGUUGGAUUGGAGUUUCUGCCUUUAGAUGAAAAGCAUCUUGUUUGACCUGGUUAACCUUGUAUGCUAGGAUUAGUUUAGAGCCUGUGGUGAAUGGUGAUCAGUUUGUCUGUCAUUUUUUUUUUUUUUUUUUUACCAUAAAGCGUGGGGGGUGAUUUAGGCCUCAACAUUGGAAUUCAAUAAAGAUGUACCGUCGGACUUAAUAAUCCGAGAUAAC